AUGCGCAUCUUCAAUUCUCUCCUGCUUGCCGCCACCGUUGCGUUGGCGGCACCCCAGUCGCGGUGCCAUCCAGAAGCUGCCCAAGUUCGUCGGGAAUGGCAGGAAUUGAAACCCCAAGAGCGGACGAACUACAUCGACGCCCUGUGGUGUAUGCGCAGUCGGCCUUCGCGCCUCCCUCGCGAUCGAUUCCCCGGCGCGCGUGAUCGUAUUGACGAUUUUGUGAUCACGCACAUCAACAACACCCUCGUCAUCCACAACAACGGGCUCCUUCUCCCCUGGCACCGCCACUUCACCUGGCUGUGGGAGCAAGCCAUCCGCGAAGAAUGCGGAUACACUGGCGCACAACCAUACUGGGACUGGCCGCUCUACACCCACAACAACCUCCUAUCGAGCCCCCUCUUCGACAACUCCCCGACCUCCCUCGGCGGCAACGGCAUCUACAACGCCUCGACCGUCGAACACCCCGCUCUCUGCCCCGCCAACCUAGGCGGGUGUCUGCCCCCCGGCGCCGGCGGCGGAUGCGUGACCUCCGGGCCCUUCGCAAACUGGACCCUGCACCUCGGCCCCUUCAGUCGCGAUUUCGUGAAGUCCUACGGGCCCCUCCCGCCCGACCCAUGGCGCUUCAACCCCAGAUGUCUGAACCGGAACUUCCGUCCCGAGUCGCUGCAGAUCCUCAACACCCAGCAGCGCGUGGACAUGCUGCUCGGAGCACCAGAUAUGGACGCCUUCAUGGCCGUGAUGGACCCGAGUAACGCGACGCUGAUCGGGUCGCAUGGCGGCGGGCACACGACGGUCGGCGGGGCGAUGCUGGAUGUCUUCGCCAGCCCGCACGAUCCCGCCUUCUUCCUGCACCAUGGCAUGGUGGAUCGCAUGUGGACGCUGUGGCAGGAGCGGGAUUUCGCGGUGCGGUGGGACGCACUGAAUGGGACGGCGGUGAUCUAUAACCCUCUCGACGCGCCGUUGGUGACGCUGGACACGGUGAUGGAUUUCGGGGUCUUGGAUCGCCAGCGGCGGAUCGGAGAGGUGGUGGAUUCGCGGUCGGGGAAGUAUUGUUACGCUUAUACUUAG